AUGCUCUUCCUUGACAUUUCAUUUGGCUUUAAGCUACCGGACAAUGAAGCCAAGAUUAAUCAUGCAUGUGCAUUGAGUGACGGUUUCUAUAUAAUUUGGGUAUUUGUUGCUACAAGCAAAGGCAUUUACUAUUUCCUAGGAGGAGAAAUAGGAUAAUCUAAUAUUGCAUAUCAUUUUCAAGAUAAUAAGAAUGAGAAAGUUUAAAUAAGCAAAAUUGACUUACUAGGAAAUCAUUUCUUUUAUUCUGUUGAGUCUCUGAAAGGCAAUAAUAUCGCCGUUUCAAAGCUUGGUUUUAUUCAGAUUUACAAUGUAUAAGAUAAUUUGAUUUUAAAAGAGAUUGAUACAAACGGUUAAUGGUCAAUACUUUAGCAGAUGACUGUAUUUGUCUUAAUUAAGACUCAGUCUAAGUUAAUGUUAAUGCACUUUGCAAGUUUCGAAACAAUCGAUCUUGCAAAAUCAAUUCAUAUUGGUGAUUACCCUUCUCAAUCAUUAAUGAGUAUUGCAUAGGAAAAUAUGGGAGAGCCUCUUAGAAUCUUAGAUAUUUAACUAAAGAGAGAUAGAUUUGAUCCAAAUAGUUAUAUUUCAAGCAUCAGAGAAUUAAAUUUCAGUGUCAAGUUGAUGAAAGACAUACAUAAAAUAAUAUAAAAUGUCCAUUAUUGA